AGUCCUUGCACGGACUCACCCUUUGCUGACUUUAUGAGCUCGGGGUGCUGUUGGAGGUGUUCCAGCAAGAGCAGAGCGCGCAGGAAAGGGGAGGAGCAGCUGCAGCUCAGAUUCUUCUUCCGCUUGAGACGCUGGAUUGAAGAAGGGGUCUGAGGUCCCUGGUGGAGAAAGGGAGGCGAGGAGGAGGAGGAGGUUUCUCUUGGACUCUAAGGCAUCAAAUCUGGAAAACCAAACCAUGUCACAGGUCAUACAAAACCACGUGUUGCGUGUUGGACAGACCGUAUGUGUUUCCUCACAGGAGGAGAGCAAGAGCCUGCACCGGGCCGGGUACCCGGGCUGCUCGGCGCUGCCGAUGAAGUAUGCCUACUACUCAACGGAGGGCUGGGCUGACCCGUCCGCGAUGGUGCACGCCAACGCCUGCCUGCUUCCCAGCGGAGGGCUGUACGGAGCCCACCCCUUGUUUGAGCAUGUGGCUGCUCACGCCCAGGGGAAGGGGCAGCAGGACACCUCUUUGGAGACACCCACUACCCCGUAUCAGCCAAAGGAGGAGGAGGAGGAGGACACCGGCACGGAUCCUGAGGCUCAACCGGUGUCUCCUACCUUGGACAUAUCAAUAGAGAGUCUCAACCAGCUGAUCCUAGAAAUCGAUCCAACCUUUCAGCCACUCAUGUGCAAGCCAGUGGAGGAUGCGGUCCAACCUUCUUCUCAGGGUGACGCUGCUGCCACCAAGAAACAAGAUCUGGAGGCAAUAGACAUUAAGUACAUAGAAAUGACGCCAGGCAGAGCCACGUGUCCCGAGCUGCUGCAGGGCUCCCCCAGCGCUUCGGGCACGCUCUUCUCAAGGUCCCCCCAGGGCAAUGGCUUCCUGCCCCAAAAAGGGGGACUCAGAAGCAACUACAGCACCAGUGGAAGUGUGGUUUUCUCAAGCCCACCUGGACCUGCGAGCCCCCGGUCGGCCACGCCGAGCUGCGCUGCCUCCCCAACCGGCAGCAAAGAGUCCAAGUGCAUCGCUGUCCCCCAGCAGUGCGCGUCUGGACAGACGGACAGCAUCUCCUACGGCCCCAGGUCUCUUGGCACCUCCCCAGCCUUUGACAAUUUGCUGAAGCCCGUGCACGUGGUGAGGGCCCAGCAGAGGAACAGCUGGGUCUCCCCGCUCUCCUCGAGCCCCGGCUCAGACACCAGUUAUGUCCUUGGAAGCAGCACCCACUCCCUCCACAAUGACGACUCAGAUGCUCACCCCGCUGCCUGCUGCUCCGCUGACUGCCCGUCCCCUGCCAGCCCCUGCCCACCAUCCCCGAGCAUCAGAUCUCACUCUGGAGAAGCCUCUGUCCUGAGUCACCACCUGCCCAGGGCAGCCUGCUCCGCCACAGCCGACCCCUCCCCGUCCCAGAAGGGACAGGCCAGCAGCUGCCCGCCCUCCAUCCUCAACUCCGCAGCCGACAUCCAGGUGCUGCUGGUGAAUGGGUGCCUGGAACAAGGAGAUGCGUCUUCCAGGCUGGCCAAGACCCCCCCAGCCUCUGUCAAGCAAAGCCCCCCUCCCAGCUGCAGCCCGGCCUCGAGGCUCGGUGGCCUGAACAACGCGCUGUCGGCACCAAUGCUCUCCUGCAUCUCGGACAGUCCCCUCAGGGCUGAACAGCCGACCAUGAAGUUUGUGAUGGACACAUCAAAAUACUGGUUCAAGCCGAGCAUAACGAGGGACCAAGCAAUCCAGCUGCUGAAGGACAAGGAGCCAGGCACGUUCGUUGUGCGGGACAGCACAUCGUACCGGGGGUCUUUCGGACUGGCGAUGAAGGUUGCCGUCUCUCCAUCCGGCAGCCAGACAGGCGAUGAGAGCAGUGACCUCGUCCGGCACUUCCUCAUCGAGUCAUCUCCCAAAGGGGUGCACUUGAAAGGAGGCAGCAAGGAGCUGUAUUUCGGGAGCCUCCCCGCCUUUGUGUAUCAGCACGCCAUCACCCCGCUGGCACUGCCCUGCAGGCUGAGCAUCCCCACCCGAGAUCUUGCUGAUGGAGAAGAUAGCCCCGACUGCGCUCCUGAACCCGCACUAUCCCUGCUGAAGAAAACUGCUGAGUGCAACGUCUUGUACCUCAACACGGUGAAGAUGGAGACGCUCACGGGAGCCCCGGCCAUCCAGAAAGCCGUCUCGUCUACCUUCGAGCUGGAAACGCUGCCCACACCCACCCUCGUGCACUUCAGAGUGAGCGAGCAGGGAGUCAUGCUGACGGACAUCCAGAGGAAGGUGUUUUUCAGGAAGCACUACCCCUUGGCUGCCAUCAGGUUUUGCGGGAUGGAUCCUGAGAACAGAAAGUGGCAGAAGUACUGCAAGUCCUCAAGGAUCUUUGGGUUUGUGGCCAAAAGGCAGACAGAUUCGGAGAACGUCUGUCACCUGUUUGCAGAGUACGACACUGUGCAGCCGCCAUCGCUUGUCAUCGACCUGCUGUGCAAGCUCCUGCUGGCCCCGUAGAGGACAGAAACCCCGGACAGCUCAGGGCUGGCAGCUGCCCACACAACGCCGAGCUUCUACUGCUCACCUUUUCUGGCUUCUGGGCUGCAUUUUGGCAACAGCUCAUAUUUAUAUUUUUGGUUUGGUACGUACAGUCAUGUCAAGAGUCUCAUAUGCUCUGGUGGGAUGAGAUGUUCCUCCGAGACCCUACACGGGGCAUCGCACGGUCGGCCGCUCGCGGGGAGCUGUGCCGAGCUGGGAGCGGAGCGGCAGGACGGGAGCUGUGCUCGCCGCAGGGAACCGCUGCCUCCCUCACCCGGCAUCGCCAUUCGCUUUUCUCCGGAGGAACAAAAUACUCUGGCUGAGAUGUCUGUCGGCUGCGGGCGAUGCCUGCACCGCGGGGGUCCAAGCUGAGGCGCGGUCGGUGGAGCUGAGCUCCCACCUUCAGGGACUCGGCCCUAACCCCCCCCAAUGCCGUGGGAGGGGAGCUCUGGUGCAGGCAGGGGGGACUCCCCUCCCUGACAAUAGACCAGGAGCCAGUUUUGCAAAUCAAAGCAUAUAAAAGCACUAGGCCCUGCUGAAAAAUCCUGCUUCCCUCAAGGAGCAUCAAAAGGCAGCGUAUUUAUGCCUGGUGCUGGUAAAUUCUCUUGCCCUCUUUUGCAAAGCGGGGUUACAGGCUAGCUCAACCUCCAGGCAUCGCGGCAAGCUGAGAAAUAAAUGUUGACAUUUUCAUGACAGUAAAACGUCGGGUUUUUGGAAAUGACUUGCAUGAAUCCGGCCCAGAUCCUCAGAUGACGUAAAUUGGCGCAGCCUCGUGGAAAUCGGUGCUGCCGUGAUUUACACCAGCUGAAGAGCCAGCUCUUGCUGUAAUCUCAGCGCGGAGUACAGCGGCUCCGAGACCACCAUACAGCCGCCUCCCUUAGCACUCGCUUACCUGGUGCGUCUACAUUGUUUUAAUUUUGGACCCUGGGCUAACAAACCCGGCUAAGGGGUAUUUUCAAUAAA